AUGUUUGUAUCUAUUUUUAUUCAGAAGAUAACACUUAACCGGCUGAUUUAUGUGGCGAAGAUCUCCCCAUCGUGUAUGGACCACAGAAACAUAACAGAUCAUUAUGAAAAACUCUUCUAUAAAAUGCUAAAAUCCCACCACGGAGACACUGUGUCGGGAUUAUUGCUCAUCUAUCCCAGCUGCGUUAUUCACAUUAUAGAGUCUUCCAGUCAAGCAUUAUACGCCAUUCUUCAAGAUCUUGCGCAGCUUCAGAACCAGGAUGCAAGGUCGAUGCUAGAGAGCUCCAAGGUCCUGGUGUUUUCGCAGAAGGUCCCAAACCGGCUGUUCCUACAGUGGUAUUUCCGUAUCAUCAAUUUCCCCGUCGUUUAUCUGGGGAGCUUCAUAGAGGAGCAAGCUGCAGCGAGCGUGCUGGAGGACUGUCUUAGGCUCCUUCUAAAGUUAGGAGUAUUUCUUUCCCAGACGCUAAAACUCGGUAGCAAAGGUCCGGGUGAAAGCCUCCACGACCUAGCCCCGCAGCUCUUGGUUAGAGAAGAGGUGAUCCGCUUUCUCGUUACAUCCGACACGCUGCUGACACCAGAACAGUUCCUGGCGAUGUACGCAAGACCUUUAAACAGCCCCGGGGAUUCAGAUCAAGUGUGGCCGAUACCUCAGCAUCUGCAUCUCUAGAGGCCACGACGCUCGUCCUUCAUGACUCGCGGACCUUGAGAACUUUCCACGCCGCAUUUCUCAUGAAGGACGCCAAAUUUAUAAAAAUAUUUUCGUCUGCGUAAAACCUUUACUGGAUCCGGCUUAAAGGCCUGCCUAAAACUGGAUGGAUUCCCUCGGUUUUAGCUACGGACAAAAGUGUUGUCCCAAGAUAUCGAUGAUCUACUUAAAUUAGUUCAUAUAGGUUCCUAAAUUGUGAAAUUAAAAAAUCCUGAAUAUA